AUGGUCCAGUACGUUCUGGAGUACUGCCAGACGCACUCGGAACGGUGCCGAACGGUUUGCGUUCUGCCUGACGACCUGAGAGUGUUGCUGACUGCGGACACGAUUGCCCAGGAGCGUGCGGAAACCGUGGGCAAAACGGUCGGAUAUGAUAUCGGCAUCAGUAACCGACUCAGCCACGUUUCGAACGUUGCGGUGUGCUCCAUUCGGACACUGCUGUCCAAUCUUAUGGCGCCCACGGGUAACGCACUGUUCGCGGUGUUUACUCACCUAAUCGUGGACGAUGUCGGUCAGUGCUCGGUUGGCAUGGACUUGCUCCUGUCUCUGUUGAAAGAAAAGCAUCACUUCCACCCAACACUGAAGUUGCUACUACUAUCGUCCAAGGCACAAGUGACUAAAGUCGCCGGGUACUUCGGGGCGUCAGUGUUGUCCGUUCCGGAAUCAACCUCUACGAGGAGUCUGCAGGAUUCACACCCAGUCGUCGCCCAGAAUGUUUAUUUGGCCACAAUUCUAGCCGAAGUUUCCACCAACAGAGUGAUCACGAAACUGAAGCAAGCUCCGCAAGGUUGGGAUUUGUACAAGGUAGCUGAUCAUUACGCUCCCCAGCGGUACCAGUAUAUCGAUGACAGUGGCACAGAGUAUUUGGACGGGCUUCUGGAAGACUAUUGGUAUUCACCAAAGACGACACCGAACGAUUUCGACGUACUCUGUAAAAAUCCCUUUCUGGUGGACUACCAGCACUCGCGCACCCGAAUGUCCGCGCUCAUGAUUGCGGCUAGCAAAGGAUCUCUUCCGGACGUUAGUGUAUUGCUAAGCUUGGGUGCCAACCUCUUCGUGCGGGGCAAGCACGAUCUCCGGGCCAAGGAUUGGUGUGCCGAUGAGGCCAACAGUCCUUGCUGGAAGCUCAUGGAUCUCUGCUACGAGCAACACUGCGACCAACCUCCGAAGAUUCGGCUAGAGACCUCCCUACUGUGGUUAUAUCAAAGGAUUCACAAUCCUUACUCGAUCGACCGCCAGAUGGUGGUGGACAUUGUUGAGUACAUCUACACAAAUUUGGACCACGGAAAGAUACUCGUAGUACUACCAGAGUUCACCGAUGUCCUCGGAUGCUACAAACUACUGCGGGCGUCCAGCAGUGUACCGACGCGAGAACAAUCAUUCGUGUUCUGCCACAGCCAGUUGACGGAGGACGAAAUUAUGUUGGAGUUUGGAAGGAUCGGUGACUCAAUUUUUCAGGUUAUUCUCUUGGAAGAGCAACUUUUCGAAGCUCUACCUACCAUGGAUGCUGUCGACUACGUUAUCGAUACGGGAUUGAGCACAUUCCGGGAUUACAAUGUAUCGAGAAAUUCGCACUCAAUGGCGUUCACAUUCAUACCACUGGAAACGGCCUUCGUUCGGAGUGGGCUCGCCAAACGGAUUUGCUUCCAUCUGUACUCGUGCGAGCAGCAGGAACGGAUGGCAACGAAGAAAGCAACGAAUCGCCGCAUUACCGCACGACCAGAAGAAACGCUACACGCCUUGCUGUGUCGCCCUAGCUCGGCUCCGCCGGUUGUUCAGUUUUUCAGCAACGCGCUCAUUGACGCACCGGAUGCCAAUGUGAAGCGAUCGUUAGAGCUUCUGACGAAGAUCGGUGCAAUCACCGCGGUGGAUCUGGCCCCAACCAACCUGGGACUGUUGGUGGCUAACCUGUGCUCCAGUGUGCAGCUCGGUAAAACCAUUCUAUACGCCAUCAUGUUUCGGUGUCUCGAUCCCGUGCUGACGAUAGUGGCCAGCCUCUGCGCGGGCACCAGUCCGUUCGUUGAGCCGGCGGAUAAAAUGCAACGUAAAGUGAUCGCCGGGAUCAAGAAGGGUCUCGAUCAUGGCACGCAAAGCGAUUGCUUCGUGCUGCUGCGUCUGUUUUUGCUCUGGAACACGGCCAAGCUGAACGAUGAAUCAAUGGUGAAACAGUAUCGUUUGAGGUGGGGAGCCAUGCAGGCCAUCAACAACACCCGUGUCAUGCUGAUGAGUCAUCUGCGCGCGAUCGACAUCGUCAAAGUGGGCGGCGAAACGAACGUUAACGUACUGAACGAAAAUUCGGGAAAUUGGAGCACGGUCAAAGCGUGCCUUGCCGCGGGGUUGUAUCCGAACGUGGCAAAGGUGGACUACGCGAAGAAAUGCCUCGUCUGCUGCAGCGAGGCCGGGCACAAUCUGGAGCCGCAUCCGCUGUCCGUGAUCAACGUGGAAGAAAUGGCGUCCGCGUGGGCCGUGUACGUGUACAAGUUGGAUCCUAGUCCCUGUUGGCAGGUUGACGAUGGCUCCCAGAACUGUACUCCGGCGAUGACUCAGAUGGUCGAAAACACCGUCAUUUCGAACUGGACAAUGGCGCUAAUGUGUGGAAACCCUCCGACCGGCCUCGGGAAACUCAUUGAAUCCUCGCAGAGCGAUGAACUGAUUAUCGACCGAAAGUACGUAUUUCAGAUGCCGGGUCCUGCCCUCGACAAAGUACGGUACCUUCGCCGUUCGCUUACGCACCUUUUCCACAAAUUUACCGAGAAACCAUCGGCGGUGCUGGAGGAUCCCGUGGCAAAACAGACGACCGCGAAGAUCAGUGAGAUACUGCACAACGAAGAGGUGCGUCGAAUUUCGUUCAACACCGGAACUCGUCCAAAAAUAGUUAAGAAAUGUAUGCUCGGCGUCUACUCAAUGACAAACAGCGCUACGAUCGACAGCGUCGGAACCAACGGACCCUGA